CCCGCCCCUCCCCGCGAUGCCCGGUGCCGGGGCGGGGGUCGGGCCGCUCUCAUUGCCCGCCCCUCCCCUCCCCUCCCCUCCCCUCCCCUGGCAGCGCCGCCUGAGCCGGAGCCGCCGCCGCCAUGUGGAAACUCAACAAGAGCAGUAAAGUGCUGCUGGACGCGUCCCCCGAGGAGGACGAGACCGCGCGGCUGCAGGACCCGCCGCCCUCGCCGCCGCCGCCGCCCGCAGCCGCCCCUCAGAACGAGGAUCAGUUUCUUCAUGAUGAAGUUACAUCUUCUGUCUCACAACUUGCAACAAAGGUCCAGGGUGCAAGUUUUCGGGGUUGGAAAGAAGUGACCUCCCUUUUCAAUAAAGAUGACGAACAACAAUUGCUAGCAGGAUGCAAAUCUCCAAAAUCUAAAGGAACUAAUCUAAAAUUAAAAGAAGAUGUGAAGUCAGAAAAGAAAUCUGGAUUUUGGGACAGUUUGGUGAUAAAACAGAAUAUCCAGUCCAGAAAACCAGAUGAAAUUGAAGGCUGGGAACCACCACAGAUCACUGCUGGAGAGCCCGUCAGUGAUGCAGCAAAUACUUUAAGUGACUAUACAUCCUGGUCAGGCUGGGAAGAUGAGACCAAAGGCUCCACAAAAUAUACAAACCUGGCUAGCUCAGGAAACAGUUCCAGGUGGAGUAUCAAAUCAGCUGGAAAGCUGGUUAGUAUUAGACGACAAAGCAAAGGUAACCUUACUGAUAACUGGGAAGAACUAGAAUGACAUUUAUAACAUGAAAUAAUAAAUAAGAGUAGAAAGUUUCCAUGAUUUACAUGUAUAUUUAAACCAAAAUCAAACUUGCUCUAUAUUGCACCUUUAUACAAUACCUUGUUUUAUUCAGAUUGUUACAAAUUUUUGCUCACCUCUUAGUGAACUUUCUUAUUACAUUGUUGGAUAGUUGCAUUUUCCACACUGAAAAGAGUAGAGAAUCUAUUUUGUGCCUAUAUUUCACAUUCAGACUCUGCAGUACGUUGGGUUGUUAGUUUACCAAAAAAAUAAUUCUUUGAUGAAUGUAUACACUGGUUGUAAAUUUGACUGCCUUACGUAGGAACUUCCACUAGCCUAAGAUCCUGGGUUUUCUGAUACUUGAGGAUCAUGUUAAGAAGGUUUUAUUUUUGAUGCUGUCCCUUUAAAUAGCAGUGCUGAUCUGCAGCUUGCCACAAAUUGCUUACACUUGGUAUACUACUUUUUUAGAUUUUUAGUGUGAGCAUAUGCUUCAAGCUUGUGGACUCCCAAGAUGCUCGAUCAUUACAAUUGUCUACUGUAGAGUACAUGAUAUGGGAGAAUAUCACAUUCAUGUAAAAUCUCUUCUUUCAUUACCAGAACUUCACAGUCAGAUCAAAAUGGGUCUUCCAGAGUUUAUGCCGAAUGUUGUUUAACAUGUAUAAAAAGGUUCGGUUUUAAAAAGAAAAGAAAAAUGCCAUGUUAAAAUACAAGUAAUUAUUAAAUAUCAGGAAAGCAGAGGUUACUGUUGUAUGUAAAGAGGAAUCCAGUGCUCAGAAUCCUUAUCCCUCAAUUUGUUUUAUUACUUCUCAUGGAGGAGCAAUUGUUGCUGUUUCUGUUCAAGCUGGUUCAUUUCUACUUCAGUUUAAUCCUGAUCCUAUGUUCAUUGUUUUUCUUAAGCACAGAUUUGAUGGUUGCUUUUGAUAUUUUCAGGGUAACAGAAAUUGCAAAUAUGUGCAUGCCCACACUUCUGAAACUGUUUAUUACAGGGGUACCUGAUUAGCUAUUGAUUCUUAUUUUUAGUAAAAAGGAAUCAGAUACACAAGAUAUUUGUGAUGGUAUGUAAAACACUAGAAAUGCCUUUUCUUGGCAUACUGUUAUUGGAAAUGAGCAAUGUGCCCGGUAUUGGAUAUAAAACUAUUUUCCAUUAUAUUUAUAUGUAGAUGUAUGAGUAUGGUAUUAAUGCCAAUGCAGGGGAUGGGGAGCCUACUGUUUCAUGUCAUACUGACAUGGGGAUUCUUUUUUGAUCUCAACUGUGCAACUGGAAUGACAGAGCCAGAAGCUGGCUUACUGACUCUGCUGCUGGUCUUCUAUGCUGAUCCUUAAAUUUAAGCCAGACAGCAUAGGAUCAAAUGACAGUUUCAAACGAAAUCAAAACCUUUAAGAAAUUAAAAUGCAUUGUUAUUAUGCAAGGGAUAUCUUGUAUAAGUAUUUUCAUACAAAGGCUUUCCCAAGGAAAAGGGAUGCAGAUUUACUUUUAUUGUUGUCCUUCCACUACCAUGUUACUCCUUUUUCACCCUUCCAUCCAUACAUUACAUAUGCAUAUGUCCUUUUGGUUUACACUUUCUAAAUGGAUAUUCCUUUAAAUUUCCUAUCUAAAUGUGCCUGUGGGGAAACAGUGGGGUAAAGCAUGUCUCCUUUUUUUUUUAAUUAGACUAUUAUGAUACGCUGUUUUUCAGAUUAUAUAAAGGAAUAUCAGUGCUUAGCUGCUGCAGAACAGGGUCUUGUAGCUUGCAAGUGCAUCAAUUAAAAUAUAUAAGUAGAGAAGAGAGGAUUGGAGGUCUGUUAUGUUCAGGGAUCCUUGUUUUCUCUGAUUUAAAAAAAUCCUCAAUUUCUGGUUUAAAAAAAAAAGUAACCCCAAAUCACAUUUUUCCAUGAUUUUUAAAAUGAAACACCACCUAUUAUCUAUCUAUCUAUCUAUCUAUCUAUCUAUCUAUCUAUCUAUCUAUCUAUCUAUCUAUCUAUCUAUCUAUCUAUCUAUCCUUAUACUGAUCUAUAUAUUAGCGGUGUUUCAUUUUAAUCAUGGAAAAAUGUGGUUUGGGGGUUACUUUUUUUAACCUAAAAUUGGGGAUUUUUUUUAAUUGGAGAAAACCAGCAUCCCUGUUAUGUUGCACUAGUUAGCCUGGUUAGGAAGAAAAGAUAAAUUUGUCUUUGUAUGUAACAGGUUUGUACAGACUUUUUUGUUUUGGGCGUGAUUAUAGAAAAUGCUUGAUACUUCAGGUAAGGAAUGCUGUAAUUUACAGUUUAGGAAGUGUCUUUAUAGACCAGGAGCAGAAGUGUGGCAUGUUGACAGUUGGUACUGACCUAAAGGGAUGGAAGCAAAUCUACUAGAAACCCUGGAAGUUUACUGAGGAUGUUUAUUUUCUCUUCUGUGGAAGCCCUAUUUAUACUGUGACCAGUAAAAGUUUUGCCUUGCACAUAAUACUGUCAAGUGCCUGUAUCUCACCUUCAUGUAUUUGUGAUGCACGGCUUAGUUGAGAGCAGUUUUUCAGUUUUUGUGUGUAAAUUUCCAAUGAAGGAUAUAGUCACAAAGCUGAAAACCUAAUGAACAAAGAUUACACCUACAUGGGAACUUGAGAUAUGUAAACUUAGUCUGACUCGUCUUAGCUAUAACAGUUUUUUUAAAUGAUUUCCUCAGAAAUAAUUGUUUAAUAUUAAGGACACAAAUAUUAAAUUUAAUAUAAUUUAUUGUUAUGCUUGAUAACAUAUUUCUUUGCUUUGAGAACUCACUCAUGUGAUUCUUUUGUCUUUUGUGAUGUUCAUAAACUUUUUGUUAAAUAUCCAGAGGUUGAUUGAUUUUUUUUUUCCCCCCCCCCCCCCCUUUUUAAAUGUUUAACAGCACUGUACAUUCAUGGGCUUAUGCUCCACAUAACUCCACAUGUGGAACAGGGGUAGAAUAUGUCUCAAUGUUUAUUUUGAAAUCACAUUUCAAUCGAUGUGAACUGGUUUAGAAGAAGGUAGCAUUAAGAUUGUACACCAGGAUUGCACAACAUGAAUAGACUAUUGUUUCUAUUGCUUUCUCAUGGCCAAUUUGCAUGAUUGUUGGCUUGGACUUAAUGGAAUUAAAAUGCUUUAUGUGGCUGUAACUGGUCACUUACUGCUAAGUAAAAGUCUUUUCUGGAUAUUUUUAUUUAUUAGCAUCACUUGCAAAAAUAGUAUUUUCACUAUGAAUAAAGAAUUAGUUUGAACUGAAA